CCACAACAACCAGCUGAUAAUCAGUGCAAGAGCAAAAGUUGCCGGAGACACCCGUCACCUUCUCGCAAUCGAUCGCCGCACGCGCAACUCUUCGCACGUUACUAAACACUUAAGCACCUUUCAUGCAAUAUUGUGAUAAAAUUUAAAUAGAAAAAAAAAUUAAAAAUAUAGAGCGAUAAAAAAAUUAUGUUGUUUGUAUUUUAAAAUCAAAUGAACAAUAUAGUGGAAAAUCGUUGUAAAAAUGACGUUGCGAGUCGAAGUACUCGGAGAAAAGAUUGUAAAUGUGGAACCAUGUAAGUGCAACAAAGCGUACGGACCUGAAAAAGCGAAAGCUGAAUCAAAGUUCAGCCAGCGUAUAAAGGAAUUCAUUAAAGAAUCUUGGGCAUUUAGAUCGAAAAUAACGGUAGAACCUUUCGUUAUUUGUUACGUACUUCCAAGUGUACUAGCAGGGUUGGCUGUGCAAAAUCUGUGCCUUGAGAAAUCAUGUCUCGUAAAUCUACAAUACGACCAGGAAACAUGCACACAUAUAAUGGAAGGGCACACACACAACUAUACGGAACAAGAGAGAAAAGUACAAACCAUGGUAGCAGGGAUGACUGCCUGGAGUUUUCCACUGCAAACGGCAUUACCAGGCAUAUUGACUCUUUUUGUAGGCGCAUGGAGCGACCGCACUGGGAACCGAAAGGCUUUCUUAGUGUUGCCAAUACUUGGAAAACUGAUAUCUGUUAUAGGUAUUAUAUUGACUACAGUGUUCUUCCUGCAGAUAGGUUUAAACGAAACUGCCCUCAUCGAAGGACUACCACCAGCGUUGGCUGGUGGACGAGUGGCCAUGACCAUGGCUGUUUACAGUUACAUCACUGACAUUACCAGUGACGCUGAGAGAACUUACCGUUUAGGGAUAAUAACAUCAAUUUUAACACUAAGUAGACCUAUAGGCCUUGCUCUUAGUGGAAUUAUGACUAAGCGUUUCGGGUACUACGGUGUGUUUACGGUUGCUUGCGCGUUCUAUUUAGCUGGUUUUGUUUAUAUUGUUGUGAGACUGAAGGAAAAGACUAAAAAGAAAGUCGAGGGUGAAAAAAGUAGUAUAAUGUCAGUGUUUUCGACGCAAGACCUAGUGGCAACUGUGAAUGUUGCAUUCAAGCCACGCGAAGGGAAGAAACGAAUGCAUAUAAUACUAAUAAUGUUUGCAUAUAUGUUCAUCGUUGGACCAGUCUUAGGUGAGGCGCAGAUGACAUACUGGUUCACACGCUACAAGUUCAAAUUCACCGAAGUGGACUACAGUUUAUUCCUCACAUACUCCGUUCUUGUCGGAAGUGUUGGUUCUUUUGUAACCAUAUACCUCUUCGUGAAGAGAUGGGCGAUAGACGACAGCGUGGUCGGCGUGAUAGCGUGCUUGAGCAGGAUUGCUGCAAGUGUUGUUUACGCGUUGGCACCGAACCGCACCAUUUACUUCCUCGGACCAGUAUUUGACAUGUUCAGCUCAGCUGGAUCCACCUCUCUAAGAUCGAUAGCAACGAAACUAGUGGAUGCUGAUGAAAUUGGUAAAACAAGCUCUCUUAUAAGCAUAUCAGAAGCGUUGGUGCCUGUGAUCUACUCCCCAGUCUACAGCAAAGUGUACCUGAGUACUCUAUCUACAUUUGCGGGCGCUUUCUAUCUUAUAAGUGGCGCCUUAGCUGUUCCUGCCAUAGUUAUUUUAAUAUUACUUCAUAUACAAUCUAACAACAGUUCGCCGCCUCCACCGUCGGACACUAAAACGAAGGAGAAUGAAAUUACUCGUUUUUAAGGAAUCCUAUUUAUUAUUAAGUGUUAUGUACGUUAUUAGUUAUAGCUAUAGACAUAUUUCAAUUAAAUUAAAAUUUAUAUUGAA